AUGUCAACGUCAGUCGAAUCGUUCAAAACAUUUGCAGCGAAUCUGCCCAAAACAUUUUCUCAUCAACCAUGUAUGGUUGUUCAUGUAUCACAAUCGAAUUUACCACCAUCACCCUGGUCCGGGAAUACAAAUCGUAAUACUCAACUUUGUUGUCAACCUCAUUUCGAUCCGAAGACCAAUGGUGGUCAGUAUGAAAUAGCUUUCUAUGAUAAUGGUUAUGCGUACUACGAAGAAUUAGCGGGAACGCGUUUGCUUAGACGUUUAGAACGUUACAAUCCUCAAAUGGAAUUUCCCGAUCUACCGAAAGUGUUAAAUGCAAUGAAACAAAUCUUAGAGAAUUCAGCGACAAAUCCGACCGGUAAUCAAAUCAAUGUAAAAUUGCUGAAUGAUGAUGAAUUAGUUGUUGAAAUCAAAGGUCUUUUACAAGGUUCAAUCCUUUUCACAUAUGUAUUCGAAUGUCGACGACGUGAAGGUGAAUUCUACGAAGCUAACUAUGUUCGUCAAAUCGUCUACUGUCUUGCUGAACGUAAAAGUCGCGAAUUAGAAUUGAUUAAAAUCAUUCAAGCUAAAGACAAGGAACUUGAUGAUUAUCGUUCUCAAGGCACAUGUCAACUCCAACGUCCCUGGCUUGCGACACAACCAUUUGAUAAAGAUGAUUUUGAUAAAUCAACCUCACAACAGGCUCAACAACGUCAUGAUGAUGUUCUUCUUCACACAUUAGAUCUUGCAUUCGAUCGCGAAGGACAACAAUUGAUCGAGGAUUGUUUAUUAAGAAAUGAAUAUCGCAAACGUGCGCAUUCGUCACAAGGUAGUAAUAGUGCAUCAUCAACGAAGACACCUAAGACGACAAAUUCAUUACAAAAACGCACGCCAAGUCGACAGCAGUCAACUUCAAGUCAACCAUUGAAUGAUGAAGAAGCAGCGGCUGAACGUCGUCGACACGCAGAGCUUGAAGAACGACUUCGAUUAGAUAAAGAACGUGAUGAACAAAUUGCUAAGAAGAAAAAGAAGAAAUUUGUCUAA